GCGCAGCCAACUUCACGUCGAACCCUAAUACAUUUUCGAAGACGCGCAUAAAUUUUGAAAACAAAAUAUUUAUAGAAUCAGUUAGUAAUACCACAUAAAAAAAUGCAUCACCUGCCCCGCAGGAACAGCGAGUUCCGCGAAUAUGCCGCCGAAGAGCCUGGCACCACCGAUAAGCGGCAGACAAGAUCAAAAUGGACUCUAACAACACCCACACCAAAUUUAACAACAGCAAAAAUGAACAAGCGACCCUCCCACUCCCGUUUGCCGCAACCCAUGAAUCUGGAGAGGGAUCGAGCGAGUCAGAUGGGUAUCACCCCGAUGAGGAAUACCCGGGGUCCUAGGCCCGCAUCCGUUGAGCGACCUAUAGCUCUGCACUCGGAUAAAAGCUGGGUGUCGGAACGGGCUCAACAGAUACUUGAAUAUCUGAGCAAUACACAAGGAGGCCUGCAAUGUCUAGGAGCCGACUUCUUCGCUCGUCCUGGUGGAUUACGGAAGAUGACCUUCAAGCAGUUCCUUGGCAUCCUGAACUUCUUUUUUCAGAAUGUUUGGCGCAAUAAGGUUACCGUAGGAGCGAAUCCGGUGGAGGAUAUAACAGCAGCUCUGCAAAAACUCCACUAUCCCCAUCAAGUAAGCAAAUCCUGGCUGAGUACGCCUGCAACUCAGCAUUCCUUCGGCCAUGUCAUCGUGCUGCUGGAUUUUCUCAUGGAUUUCGCCCCACCUUUGGAUACAAUGAACUCAGAACCAUUCCCAUUCAUGGAGACUGCCGAGCAGCCCAGUUCUUACUUGCACAGCAUCGCUGAAAUGACAGCCAUGUCCACCACGCAUGCUCUACACGCUAUCCAGCUGGACGAGGAGCUAAAUGCCUUGCUCUUUGAGAAGAGCGCCGAGUGUAAUCAUUUUUGGAAUGAGGAACGCGCCGAGGAGGAGCUACAACUUCAGGCCAGGGUGUGCGACAUGGUCAUAAGCAGAAAGAGUGACUUCCUUAGUCGUCAAGCGCUCGACAGCGAGAUUGGCAACCUACAAUCCCAGAUAUCGAAGCUGGAUGAGCAACUGCAUAGUUCCGGGGAGGAGAAGAAGCUUCAGCAACUGCAAAAGCUUAACCAGGACAGGGAGCAACUAUAUCAACAGCUUCGUGCUUGCCAGGAGGAGAUUACCCAACAGGAGGAUGCUAAAAACACCUUGAAAUCCAAGGGUAAAGAGCUUCAAGAGGAGAUACAGCGCCUAACCAGAGGCGAGAAGCAUUUACGCAAUUCCAUUGCCAAUCAGAAAUACACAAUCCAACAGGUUAGGGCUUUGCAAAUGCAGCAGGCCGACCUCAGCAACGAAUCCCAAGUAUACGAACGGCAGGUGAAGGAUCUUUGCACUCGCGAAUCCAACCAGCAGGUGAUGCUUUCCAGAGCAAAGAAAAAACUACUGGACACCAUCGAAAGCUUUAAUUCGCAUGUCCGCCACUUCAGCGACUCCGUUGCUGCCCAAUUGGUUCGCAACCAGAAGUGGGAUCUGUUGUUGCCUCUGCAGCCGCAGAGCAAGGAUGACAUCCUGGUACGAGCACGAGUCCUGGAGGAAUUCAGUGGCAUUGUCCAGCAGCAGAGGCAGCUGAAAGAAAAGAACCGUCAGGCACUGGAGAAGGAGAUUAACAAAAUCCAACUAAAAUGCGGAAGCUGCAAGCAGGAGAUCACCAAUCUGGUGUCACGGCUACGAGUGCUCAAGCAGGCUUUGCAAAACCUGGAGGGUACCUACACCACCAGACGCGAAAUGAGACGCCAGCACCAGGAACAGCUAGAAGAGGAGCAACUCCGUUUGCUCGACAGCCUGGAAAAGAUGCAGCUGUCGGAGCAACAACUGAUCGUCAAAUUGGAAGUCAAGAAACAGCGAAACGAAGAGCUCCUUACGGCGGCCGAGGCAUACCAGGAUCAGUUGUUGACCGAACGUCACGCCUACCUCGACGACUACGAAAAGAAACUGGCGGCAGCCCAGGAAGAGCUCGACGAGUUUAAUGCUACCAUAGAGCAGACUGAUAUUAUGCUCGAGGCGAAAAUGCAGCUGUUGGAGAACACAAAACCGGCAUCCUUCCAACCAGUGUUAGAGGCCCUGAAGGGCUUAAUGUAAAACUAUUAAAAAUAGUAUUUAUUUAAAAUGUUAAUUGUCCCAGAUGAGUAAAUGUUGAUGUAUUUAUCCUAAAUCCCCAGCAAAUAUUUAUAAAACCACUCUAU